GGCAGACCGGACAACGCGGGCGAGACGCUGCUCGGGGGGACUUUUCAAAAUCGAUGUCGAGAAGAGAAAGAAGGAACUGGUCAUAGACAAGGACAUCCAAUGACCCGCAGCUAGUUGGAGGAGGGCAUUAGGACGCGAGAAGAGGCAGAGACCGACGACGAGCGCGAAACGGCGCUGGGCCGUCGCGAGGGGCCUGGUUGUAGGCAGCGACGGACGAUGCUCGGCGGUGGACCCGGUCGGCGAUGUGUCGCCGCUGCCUCUCGCCAUGCUCAGCUGCCCCCACUCUUUCUCUGUCCUUCUGUGUCGAGCAUCAGAGUCGCGCCGAGAAGAGUGCGACAUGCUUCCAGCGCGUCGGGCGAGGCUUCAGUAUCAACGCGAAGAAGAUCGUCCGACGCUGGCCUCAUCGGUUCUCAAGGUCGCUCUCAGGCGGGCAAGCUGACAGCCAGUGCCACAGGAGAAAAUACGCGUGGCCGUCGUCGCGAUGUGGACGAAUCGAAGGGAGAGGGCACCAGCACGUCCGCAGGAAACCUGGAAAACAAUCGCUCUAACGAGCUCCUGAUGGUGCGAGAGAUCGCAAAUGAUGUCAUCAGCAAAGGAGCUACGAAGCUGGAAGCGGAGAACGAAGUCGUUCUGCAAGAGGCCAAGCGGCUCCUCUUGGAUUUUACGAAUACGGGUGGUGGGGAGGAGGAUGAGGCAACUCUGGCGGAGACGACCCUUCGACUCGCCCUGGCUUUCAGCUCGGCAAAUCAGGAAAAGGAUGCCUUCGAGCUCUUGCAAGCAUCUGCGCAAAGAGGAAUCGAUCUCUCUAUGGCUUCUUGGAGAUCGCUCUUCGAAAGUGACAAAUUGAGGGCAGACGUGAUCACUGAUCUCUUCGACCUGGCGAGGCAGCUCUGCGGUGAUGAAGUAGCCCUUGCUGAGGACGACCUUGUCGAAGCUUAUUGCCAGGCGCUCUGCAAGCAAGGACGGGAAAGAGAGAUCAAUAACUUGCUGGAGCGCUACGAGGGACUCGGAAAAGCAGCGCCCAGAUGCGUCUUUGAGCUUCUCCUCGAUGUGCAACUCCGCGAAAAGAACAGCAUACAGGCUCGCCGCACCCUGCGGAAGAUGGGGGCGCAACAUUCCGAAGUCGACGUCAAAGCGCUGCUGCUCGUGAUGCUUCAUGGGCGAGCAUCGUUGCGGAAGGACAUCCUUGACAUCAUAGACGAGACGAGCGCGCGCCAGCGAAAGCCCAAAGCUGCAGUGCUGUAUGAUCUCAUCACACACCUGUGUGAUCGAGGUGAUGUGAAAGGCGUUCUCACUGCCCUCCGCGUCUUUGGUGCCCCGACGCGAGCUCUUCAUACGCAGCGCGCAGCUGCUGCUGCUUGCCGUCCAACACAAACGACCUACCUGUCCAUUGUGCGAAUGUUCGCGAGAUCAAAUCAGCCACGACAUGCGCUCAGAUUCGCUGCACUGGCCAUGGAUGCAGCGUGGUGCUUUAUGGACAAAGGAGGCCAAACCGCGGUCGUCACAGCCAUGCUUGAUGUCGUGGAAGCCUUUAAUCGAACUGGUCUUCACGCUGAAGCUCUCCAGGUAGGAGCACACCUGAUCGACGUUCAGCAACCUUUUUCCACCUCGGGUUUAUCUACGACCCUGGCCAACUGCCAGCUACCGCCUCGAGGAAGCGUGACUCCUUCUCGACGCAUCUACGCGGCACUUCUCCGUUCGACUACCCGCCUUCCACUUCCCCAGGUGGUGCCUACCGCUCGUGCCCUUCUCCUCGACCUUGGCAGUCACGGCAAGAUCAUGGAUGGCGCUGUAAGGAUGGCCUUCAUGGAGGUCAUGCUGGCGACGAUGCGCCACGUCAAGAAGGCUGAAAUUUACAAGAUUUUUGACGAUAUCAUGCGCGCCGUUCCUGACCUGUCUUCGUCCCAAGCGCUCUCCGACCCGAUGAAAGUGACGCUCAAAAGGGAUGGGAAGAUGUGCGAGAGGGAGGUCGACGUGCACAACCUCACGCAGUUCGUGGGACUACUCAAGCAGCGCGGCGCGUUGGAUCAGCUCCUAAUCGCCGCCGAUAGGGACCAUCGACGGCAGCGUCGAGGCCGCUACCCAGAAGCGGAAGUAAGGCCGCCAGAGACCAUCGACGCGCAGGAAUGGAUGCGAGAGGCAGACAUGUCACCUACGCCUUAUUCUCAAGCUUUGAACCCCGAUCAGGCUGAUUCGACCUGCGCUGCCGAACGAGAGAUGAAUCUCGAGGAGAAACUGUCGACAGAGGGAUACGCAUUAAGGCUGAAAGUCUAUGCCGUCUUGAGACUCGAUCACGCCUCGGCUCAAGCCAUAUACAGGUCAAUGGUCACCCACGGUGUCCCGCCGAGCAUGCUUCACGUCGCGCCUGUUACCGAGGGUCUCGUUGCAAGCGGGCGGAUGAAGGAGGCCAUCGACGUGCAGCGUCGUGCCAAAGACGCUCUUGGCCAGGACACAACGCUGCGCAUCUAUGCCGCCGUUGCGCGUGGUUUCGCGAGGCGCAAGGACUGGAAGGGCGUGAGAGCCGUCUUCGCCGAAAUGAAGGCCGAUGGUGUUGAGCCAGAUCAGGCCCUACUGGGUGUUAUGGCUGCCGCCGAGAGGGGGGUUACAUCAUCCUUUGGGAGUCCUGCGCCGAGAGAGUACAGCCAAAGGCUGGUCAGUACGGUGCAGCCUCUCCUAGGAUCGUUGUCGGGUGAAAGAAUUGGCGAGAGACAAAAUAUUAGGUCGAUCUCCCCCGUCUACAAGACCACUACUGUCGAGACAGCAACGUCGACCUUUGCCACCCUCAUGAACCAGGGCAUGUGCCUCGAGGCGCAACAGUACAUGUACCAACACCUCAUCUCGCCUUCGGCGCUCUGGGCCUCCUCCUCACCCUUGUCGCUAGAGCGGGCCGAUGCGGUCCUUCGUAGGCAAGUCUACCGGUCGAGUCAUUGGAUCAAACGCGAGAUGGAUAAAUUGCAACAUGCAGGUGCUGGCCGACAGGGGUACGAGUCGCAAAUGGCAAGGUUGAAGGAAGCCUCUGAGCUCGUCAAGCUCAACAGGCGGUUGGCCAAGGGGCCUGCACCGCGGCGUACAAGGGCCAGACAUGAGGAGAGCCAAGCGAGGUCCAGCUUCCUCCGGCUCUUCUGGGACGCUGUGGUGACGCGCUAUCUGUUUGACGAGGCGCACAGAGUUGGCAGGAGGCCGCUUCAGAAGUCGACAAAUGAUUGAUAAUGAAAUAGUGUG